GACGAGAAGGCGGAAGAGGUGUUAACCGGAGGAAAGGCGAUGUCACCGACAAUUGAAGACUGAAAAAUCAACACCAUCUUGACCUCAAUCGAAAGACAUAAAUACUGGCCUUUCCUCUCCUCAAGUCCAGUCUCAUUCUUCUCAUCAUCAUCAGCAUCAGCAGCCUCAGAGUUCCAGACAUUCUCAGCUCUUCACAACCCUCUCAGCCUCUCACAUACCUACAAACAACGCUUCCUUUCAAACAUUCUUCAAGAUCUUCAAUCACCAACCAUCAAAAUGAAGGCCGGAAUCUUCUUCUCUUUCUUCGCUCUCGCCGCCUCGGCUUUGGCAACUCCCAUCGCUGCGGGAAACCAACUCGAGAGCCAGGCUGCUCAGAUCGAUCAGUUGACCACUCUCGUUCGCCAGCACACUGCGAACAUGAACGCGACUGCCGCUCAGUACCCUGAGAACCCCACCCUCGCUCAGCAACAAGAUGCCGCCGACAAGCUCAAGCCCGACUUCGAGGCCGUCACCAAUGCCCUCACCCAAGCCACCACCACCCUUUCCAAGCGCGAGUUCUGGACUGAGCUCGCUGCUCGCGGCAGCUUCUGUGACGAUGACUGCUUGAAGGUCAAGAUCCAGGUUCUCAUCCUUGAGAUCACCUAUACCGUCAAGUUCCUCAUUGUCAAGCUCGGUCUCGGCUGCCUCAUCCCCCUCCUCACCCCUCUCCUCCUUGCUCUCUCUGGUCUGCUCAGGAGCCUCGACAAGGUUGUCGGCGGUGUGCUCGUCCUCGUCGGCGGUCUCCUCCACGCCGUCCUCGGUGGCCUUGCUGGCGGUCUCCUUGGCCUCAUUGGCUUCUAAGCGGUUUCUGAGCUUUGUUUCUUUUUCUUAUGGCAAGCAAACAAAAAGAAACAUUUUACCGUCCUUUGUGGGGCCUGAUGGUUUCACAUUUUCGCCGUUCUUCACUCUUUCUUGAGUGAAUAAACAACAAAAAUCGAAGAAAAGAUGGUUUGGAGGAGUGAGCUGGGUUGUGAUUGACAAACAGACUGCACCUGAUGGAAUGAUUUGGGCAUGAUCUUCUUCUUUUCCUGUUCAUAGCUUUCUUUUUUUUCGAACACAAUCAAGUUCUUGCUUUGGGUUUUCCC